GCGCCCAUUCAACUUCUUUUCUCGCAACAGUCUCCUUCCUCCGUUUGGCUUUUCCACUUCCCUUCCUUAAUUCCCACCAGAGUUCGAGGGUUUAGGGGAAGGGCUCGGGCGAGAUGCUGCAGUCCAGAUCGCGGGGAGGUGACCCGGCGCCGGCGACCGUGGAGCGGACCUCUCGGUGUUGCUCCGGCGGCCCUGUCUCCAUCCCCGCCGCCCCUUCGCCCCGCGGGGGCGGCCCGAGGGCGGCACUGGCGGUCGGCGCGGUACGCGAUGCUCCCGAUGGGGUCGACAUCCAGAUCCACGACGAAUGGCGCAGGCUGCACAAGCUUGCGAGCCGGCCCACGGCAGCAGAUGGGUUCGACGAGGCGAGCGUAGCGCCCGACGGGUACGAGUACGGCCGGCUUCCUUCGCUGCCGCGCCACCCGUCGCUGAUGCGGGACCAGAUGGGAUCCGGGCAGUCGCCUGCGUUCGGCCUCACAGAGGUGAACGGGCUGGUGGCUGGAGGGGCUUGCGGCGGCAGCACUGGCAGGGACGCGUACCACCACGGCAAGACACCCGGCGGCCUUCUCCUUCUGCUCGCGGCUAUUAGAGAGCUUCCCGCAAAGCCAUAUGUACUCUCUGUUUUUGGGGAGACAAAAAAGGUGGCUGCCUCAUUGAAGCGUUGGCUGCACACCAAAUUUACGCCUGCAACAGCAACCUACCGAGAUAUAACAAAGCAGGCAUUUGUAGGAAGAUCGUGGAGUCGGUUACCACUGUCCAUCGUGAGGGCUUGUUUCUUGAGUGUGGUCUUACUUCUCAUAUGUGCUGGAGGUUUUUGCACACCGAUUUUGAAGAAUGAGUUUACUAUGGAUUUCUGUCCUCUAAAUACUUCUGACACUUGUCCAGUACCACUAUCCCAUCCGUUUAAAAGGCCUAUCCCUAUUCACAGUACAUGGUUAACUGAACACAUACUUGAGGCUCGAUCAGAACCCAUAACGCUUCAGGAUCAGAAACCUACAUGUAAUAAUUCACAAAGCUCCGAUUUCCGGAUUGUCUCUAAGGGGGCGCCUAUAAUUUCAUUUGUUGCAAACUUGGGACCCUUAAUUAAUGUGUAUGGAAUUGGACAAGUCAAUGAAAGAGGAAAGCAUCUUCUUGCUACUUCUUGUAUAUUCAUAUCUAUAUCAAAUUUCUUCUGGAAGCGGUAUCAACAGACGGAUGACUGUCCAAAUGGAUUCAUAAUAACCAUCUUAUUGCUGGCUGGUGUUGUGUAUUUGGUCUAUGCCUGUGUCUUUUGUCUCAACUCAGAAUCAGAUGUGAUCAUAGGAUUGUCAUUAUACUUAGUUAUUCUGGGUAUCUCUGUUAGUACAACAGUUGAUUGGAAAAGGUUAACAGCAAGUAUACUUGGCCUGAUUUGCAUGGGAAUUGGUCAUGUUGUUCGAGUUGCUACCAUUCGAAGAUAUCACCUUGGUAAUGUGAUAUUCGCCGGUUUUGGCUUGUGUGGUGGCCUCCCAGUAGUUUAUAGAAGGAACUGGCAGACUCAACCACUUUUUAUGGUCAGCACUUUGAUAUCAUCUGGAAGCAGGAUUAUUGAUUUCGGCAUGCAACUUUAUUAUUAUCGUAGAGCACCUAACGGUGAAGUUGGUGAUGCUGGAGGAGGUGCUCUAGAUAAUGGAGGAGGUGCUCUAGAUAAUGGAGGAGGUGCUCUAGAUGAUGGAGGAGGUGCUCUAGAUGGUGGAGGUGCUCUAGAUAAUGGAGGAGUUGCUCUUGAAAAUGGAGGAGGUGCUCUAGAUGGUGGAGGAGGUGCUCUAAAUGGUGGAGGAGGUGCUCUAGAUGAUGGAGGUGCUAUUGCGGAAGGUGGUGCUAUUGCGGAAGGAGCUGCUAUUCAGAAUGACCUUGCACCUGCUAUUGAUCAAGAAGAUGGUAAUUGAGGAGUUCGAGAAGUGGUGGCUGAGGCUCAAUUUGCUAUUACUCAGAAUGCCCCUGCACCUGCUGGUGCUCCAGAUGUUGAAGUUGCUACUGCUGCUGAUGGUGCUCUAGAUGUUGAUAUUGAUCAAGAAGAUGGUAAUGGAGGAGCUCUAAAAGUGGCGGCUGAUGCUCAAGUUGCUAUUAUUCAGAAUGCCCCUGCCCCAGCUGGUGCUCCAGAUGUUAAAGUUGCUACUGCUGCUGAUGCAGAGUAGCUAUCUACUGCACGUUAUUCCUUUUUGUUCUGCGUUUGAG